UGUGCUUCUAAUUUAAGCCAUCAUCCACCACUAUCAACAACGUUACUGCAGUAAUGCUUCACUGGUCUUCUCUGCGUUUUAAAAUGCAUCAAUUUAUUCUGCAAGACUAGAGGAUAUAAUAUCGAUAGCUAAAUGGAGAUUACUCGUGCCAGACCAUCGCUGUUUGGAGAUAUAGCUCAUGGCCUGGGUUUCUGGACAGACCGUUCGGCGGUACACGAGGCAGCAGCCCAGGGAAAGGCUCUUCAGCUACAGAAGCUGAUCCAGGGAGGGGCAGCAGUUAACUUAGUGGCUGUGGACUCCAUAACCCCCCUCCACGAGGCCUGCAUACAGGGACAAACACAGUGUGUCCGGUUGCUGCUGGACGCUGGUGCUCACGUGGAUGCGCGGAACAUUGACGGCAGUACCCCUCUGUGCGAUGCCUGCGCUGCGGGCAGCCUGGAGUGUGUGAAACUACUCAUACAACAUGGGGCUACGGUCAACCCUCCACUGUUCACCUUCUCACCCCUCCACGAGGCCUGCAUGGGGGGUAACUCUGACUGCGUUCAGCUCAUGAUAGACGUGGGAGCUCUGAUGGAGGCCCAUGACUGCCACUUCGGGACACCGUUACAUGUAGCGUGUGCCAGACAACACUUUGACUGCGCCAAGGUCCUCCUCAAUGCAGGGGCGAACGUGAACGCUGCCAAGCUCCACGAGACGGCGCUCCAUCACGCAGCCAAAGUAAAGAACGUGGAUCUGAUCGAGCUGCUGAUUGAGUUCGGUGGGAACAUAUAUGCCAGGGACAACCUGGGCAAAAAGCCCAUCAACUACACAAGUCAAGGUUCUCCCACCAAUAUCUGCCUAGAGUUCUAUGAAAAUACUCCCCUCAGUCUACAACAGAUCAGCAGGAUAGCUCUGAGAACAGCACUGGGCAGAAGAGCCCUGGACGACGUGUCCAAACUGGGCUUGCCCAAUCGCAUCACCUGCUACCUCUCAUAUCAGCCACCACCAGAUCUGGACUUGGACUUUGACUACUUCUAACAAGCCCCAUCCUACUUCUAACAAGCCCCAUCCUACUUCUAACAAGCCCCAUCCUACUUCUAACAAGCCCCAUCCUACUUCUAACAAGCCCCAUCCUACUUCUAACAAGCCCCAUCCUACUUCUAACAAGCCCCAUCCCACUUCUAACAAGCCCCAUCCCACUUCUAACAAGCCCCAUCCCACUUCUAACAAGCCCCAUCCUACUUCUAACAAGCCCCAUCCCACUUCUAACAAGCCCCAUCUCACUUCUAACAAGCCCCAUCCUACUUCUAACAAGCCCCAUCCUACUUCUAACAAGCCCCAUCCUACUUCUAACAAGCCCCAUCCUACUUCUAACAAGCCCCAUCCUACUUCUAACAAGCCCCAUCCUACUUCUAACAAGCCCCAUCCUACUUCUAACAAGCCCCAUCCUACUUCUAACAAGCCCCAUCCCACUUCUAACAAGCCCCAUACUUUUUACGAGUCUGUUUUGUCUUGUGCCGAACGAUUUCACCACAUAGGAAUAAGCCUGGUCCCAGGUCUGUUUGUGUUCUUGUCAAUGCCAACUCAUUGUUAUGCUGACAUUGUUCAACUAAUUAGCAUAACAAUGGCUGAUUGCACAAACAGACUGGCACUCAGACGAGAUGGGAAUGAAGAUGCAGGGUAGCCUGGUUCCAGAUCUGUUUGCGCGUUCUUGCCAACUCCUAUUGUCAUUGUCAGGCUAAAAACACAUUGACAACGACUAUAGGAGUUGUUUAUACAAUUACAAACAGAUCUGGGAUCAGGCUAGAAGCAAGAGAGCCCAAACUCAUUUGUCUGAGUUAAGGUUUCAGUUAAACUACAAUGAAAAGUAGGGAUAUGAUGUGACAGGUGUCAGCUAGCUAUGCUCGAAAGACUGAGGGCGAUACUCAAAUCUGUAUCACCGAAGGGUUAUAUUUCUAUCCACCUGUAAAGGUAAUUUCUGAUUGAGCCGAGAUAUGCAGUGUUCACCUUAAAUGCAGUCUCUACGAUACGGAUUGAAUCUAGGCCUAAGCGUUCCCACUAACCAUAGUCUUAUGCUUGUACCCAGAUCUAUUUGUCCUGCUUUAUGUUUGGGAUGUUGUGCCUUGCCAACUGCAAGACGGCACAAACAGAUCUGGGACCAGGCUAGUCUGUCCAACCUUUCUGAAUUCUUAAAUCUUUUAGCUAAGCUUUUAGGAUUGUGUAAUUAUGUGUAAAUAUCAAACAUGUAUGUUUAUUUUGAAUGUGUAUAUAAACUAUGUAAAUAAUACAAAUUAUUUGAUUUAUGUAAAUUCCAUGAAUACUGUAUAUGUCUUUUGAAUUCAUAAGUGUUGCAUUUUGUCUUCUUCUGUAUGGUUGGAGUGUUAGAAAUGAGGGUGUUGUCGCAGGGGUCAAGUGCACACCCCUUGAAAUGAAUUUAUCAUAUUAAUUGAUUGUAUUGUUCUUAAUACUUUUUACUCUUCCAUUGUUGCUUUACUGAAAAUAAAUUAUGCACAGUACCAGUCAAAA